UAGUAAGAGGAACGUCUUGUUUUGUAUUAAAUACAACAAACUCGUCUGUCAUUUGAUUACAAGCUCUUAGCAUAGCACAGACUACAGUAACUCAGAAAUAAUUCACCAUGGCCACCAGAGACAAGGCUGCUGAACAACUUAAUGAGUUUAAAUCGUCACAGAAGACCCCAGAACAAUGCACUACGGGAACAGGUGCCCCUAUUGGACUAAAGACAGCCACCAUGACAGUAGGUCCCCAGGGACCUGUCCUCAUCCAGGACUUUGUUUUCAACGACGAGAUGGCGCACUUCGACAGGGAGAGAAUUCCCGAAAGAGUUGUGCACGCCAAGGGCGCAGGCGCUUUUGGUUACUUUGAAUGUACCAAUGACAUUACCAAGUACACAAAGGCUAAACCAUUUGAAUCUGUCGGCAAAAAGACACCAGUGGGCGUUCGCUUCUCUACAGUUGGUGGCGAGAGUGGAUCCGCCGACACAGCCCGAGAUCCGCGGGGGUUCGCGGUGAAAUUUUACACCGAGGAUGGUAACUGGGAUCUGGUGGGAAAUAACACGCCCAUCUUUUUCAUAAGGGACCCCAUCUUGUUUCCCAGUUUCAUUCACACGCAAAAGAGAAACCCGCGCACUCACUUGAAGGAUCCUGACAUGUUCUGGGACUUCAUCACCCUGAGACCGGAAACCACUCACCAGGUGUCCUUCCUGUUCUCCGACAGAGGCACGCCUGACGGUUACAGAAGGAUGAACGGAUACGGAAGUCACACAUUCAAACUGAUCAACAAGGACAAUGAACCAGUUUACUGCAAAUUCCACUUUAAGACGGACCAGGGCAUCAAGAACUUGAUGGCAGACGAAGCUCAUCGUCUCUCUGCUGAGGACCCGGAUUACGCCAUCCGGGACCUUUACGACCACAUUGAGGACGGGAAAUUCCCCUCCUGGACCCUCAAGAUACAGGUCAUGACCUUUGAGCAGGCUGAGAAAUAUAAAUGGAAUCCUUUUGAUGUCACAAAGGUGUGGUCCCAGAAAGACUUUCCGCUGAUCGAGGUUGGGAAGAUGGUUCUGAACAAGAACCCCGGUAACUACUUUGCUGACGUGGAGCAGAUCGCCUUCUCCCCUGCUCACUUCAUCCCGGGGAUAGAUGCCAGCCCAGACAAAAUGUUACAGGGACGUCUGUUCUCUUAUUCGGACACCCAUCGCCACCGUCUGGGGGCCAACUACCUACAGAUCCCUGUCAACUGUCCAUACAAGGCAAAAACGUUCAACUACCAGAGAGACGGACCGCAGUGCGUCACGGACAACCAAGGCGGGGCUCCGAACUACUUCCCGAACAGUUUCUCCGGCCCUAAGGAUGACCCUGCGGGCUGUGAGAUGUGCCCCUUCACAGUCUCUGGGGAGUGUAGGCGUUAUAACUCGGCGGAUGAGGAUAACUUCUCCCAGGUUAACAUUUUCUGGAACAAGGUCCUGAAGCCAGAAGAAAGAGAUCGUCUUGUUGAGAACAUCGGAAACCAUGUGAUCAACGCACAACAAUUCUUACAGGACCGCGCUGUGAAGAACUUUGGACAGGUGGAUCCAGAGUUUGGCAAAAAGCUACAGGCGUAUCUGGAUUCCAUGAGAGGCGGGAAAAAUAAAGUCAACGUCGUGCUGAACGGCGUCAAGGUUACAGAGAGUUAGACUGUGAGAGUUUGACUUUUGAACGACGGAAAAGAAUCAAGGAAUAUUUUAAAGUGAAUAUAACUAUGUGCCAUAAUUAACGAUGUUUAUGGAAGAAAUUACCAUGUGAUUCGAAUACCCAAUUUGUCAUUUUUCAUGGAACAUUUAUGAGUAUAUGCACCGGCCUGUACAGUCAUUUCUACAUUGGAUUAUACAUAGUCUUCUGUAGAUUUGAUUAUACCUAGUAUUACUGACAUAAAUAUAUGCUGUACAUAGCAAGGAAAGAGUAUAACCUUUGUAUUGGACCCCGCAAACAUGACAUUGAUAAAAAAAUAUACAGCAUUAGAUUUUAUUCCUUCCUUUCUAUAUUUACAUUUGGUUUGGUUGCCUUGAAAUUGUGUUAUAAAUCUGUAUACUUGCUGGAAAAAAAAUGAAAGAAAUAAAAUGGCAAAAAGAUUCUGGACAUGCAGUAAUGUAUAUAUAUUAUUGUAUAACUUUGUCUUGAUUUAAUAUUUGAAUAUAAGCAUAAGUAUUAAAAAUAAAAAUACAUACGAAA